UGGUCCAACCCCCGAGAUAGUCGCAACUCUCUGCUUUACUUACACGCACUGCCCCGUCCAUUUUCAUUUCUACUUCCCUCUGAAUGGCUGGAAGAAGCAAGAUUUUGGUGAUCGGAGGGACCGGAUACAUCGGAAAAUACAUAGUGGAGGCAAGCGCAAAAGCUGGACACCCCACUUUUGCAUUGGUCAGAGAAAGCACAGCUUCUAAUCCCGAAAAGUCUCAGGUCAUUGAGAGCUUCAAGAGCUCUGGGGUGACACUUCUCUAUGGAGACAUCUGUCAUCAUGAAAGCUUGCUGAAGGCAAUCAAGCAAGUCGAUAUAGUGAUUUCUACAGUUGGGUCAGAACAGAUUGCUGAUCAGGCGAAGAUUAUUGCUGCCAUCAAAGAAGCUGGAAAUAUCAAGAGAUUCCUCCCAUCCGAGUUUGGAUUGGACGUGGAUCGUGUCCAUGCAGUCGAGCCAGCUGCAAGUUUUUUCGGGCUCAAGUCUAACAUCCGGAGAUCAAUUGAGGCUGAAGGAGUUCCAUAUACCUUCAUCGUGUCUAAUGGCUUUGCUGGGUACUUUUUGCCUAACUUUGGACAGGCAGGUGCCACAGCUCCUCCUAGAGAAAAAGUAGAAAUAAUUGGAGAUGGAAAUCCCAAAGCAAUUUAUGUCAAGGAAGAGGAUAUUGCAACUUAUACCAUAAAAGCAGCGGAUGAUCCCACAACCUUGAAUAAGAUCCUCUAUCUGAGACCCCCUGCCAACAUUUUGUCUUUUAAUGAGAUUGUCUCCCUGUGGGAGAAGAAGAUUGGCAAGACCCUCAAAAAGAUUUAUCUUCUAGAGGAUCAAGUUCUGGAGAAAAUACAGGAAUCUCCCUUCCCCUUAAACUUCUUUCUGUCCAUCGGUUACUCUGUUUUUGUGAAGGGAGAUGAUACAAACUUUGAGAUCGAGGCUUCUUUUGGCGUGGAGGCUUCUGAGCUUUAUCCAGAGGUGAAAUGCACCAGUGUGGAUGAAUACCUCCAUCUUUUUGUCUAAAACUUGGGACAAUGUUCCUUUGUGCCAACAUCUUCUCCCUGUCUUUUACCCUGUCCGUGUGCAAUAAAUAAAAAUGCAACCUCGUUCAUUUGCUGCAAUUGUCACUUGUGCCCUUGUUUAAUUACUUGUCGUAUAUUACAUACCCUUGGACUCCAACCUUCGUACAAUUGUACCCUUGUUUCCAUCUCAAUCUGCUACUUAUAUUGUGCUUCAAAUAAUGAAAGUAAAAAGUUUUUUA